AUGACGACGACGACAGCAACAAGAGCCAAAGAGAAUGGCUGUGAUUUUCCUCUAUUUAAAACGCCACUUCGUAAUCCACUACGUACACCAUUGCGUAAUGGUAUGUUAUCAUCAGCAACAUUAAAUGAUUUAGCUUCAUAUUCAAAUAAUAAUAAACAUUUAAAAUUUGUUAAUACAACAAGUAUGAAUGAUUUACAAACAUGUUCAGAAGCAUCGACAACACCAAUUCGUUUUAAUAAAAAUAAAUUUAAUACACCAAUUUCUACACAACGUCGUCGUGCUUUAGGUCUUGUUCAUCAUAAUAGUAAUCAAAUAUGUCGUGUUUUAUCAAGUGAUGAUUUCACAAGAAUGACUACAAACAAUAUUAAACAAGAAGAACCUGUAGUUCUUCCAACACCAACUUCAAAAAAUACAUGUUCUCAUCCAGAAGAUGAUCUUCCACAUGCAAAUCAUCCAUAUCAAGAUACAUUUGAUGAUCUUAUACCAAGUGAUGAACGUAUUGAACGUAUGCUUAUGAAUCAAACUAAUGGUAUUAAUAUAUUUAGUUAUUAUGGUGGUAUUGAAAAUACAAUUCGAUGUCAAUCACCUGUUUGUAAUCGUCUUAAUGUAUCUACUUUACUUGAUAUGAUUGAUAUUCUUAAUUAA